AUGGCAUGUGCACCUUUCAUUGGAGUAAAUCAUCAUAAACAAAGUGUUUUGUUUGGUUGUGCUUUCUUAUUGAAUGAGACAACAGAGUCCUUUGUUUGGUUAUUUGAAUCAUUUUUGGAAGCAAUGGAUGGGUUGCAACCUAAAACAAUUUUCACUGAUCAAUGUCAAGCAAUGGCCAACGCUAUUAAAAGAGUUCUUCCUAAAUCUCAACAUCGACUUUGCUUGUGGCAUAUUGGCCAAAAUGCUGCUAAGCAUCUUUCUUAUUACUUGAGAAAACCUGAUUUUAAGGUUUUAUUUAAUAGGUGUCUCUACAAUUGUGGAUCAGAGCAAGAGUUUGAAGAGGUGUGGGCUCGUUUAGUCACAAAAGUUGAUAUUUCAAAAUGCUCAUGGUUGAAAAAAAAUUAUGAGUUACGAGCAAAUUGGUGCCCAGCAUUUAGUAAGAAUUAUUUCUCAGCUGUCAUCUUAUCAACACAAAGAAGUGAGAGUAUGAAUAAUGUUUUUCGUACUGUCACUUGCAAGACAAUGUCUCUAACUCAAUUUGUACUUCGUUAUGAAAAAGUUUUGCAGCGUAGAUGA